GCCAUCAUUACAACCUUGUUGGUCUUUUAGUCUGUUCUCUCUUCCCGUUUCUUUUCCAAACUAGUUGAACUUCUGGCUUUUCAUGUCUUCUCGUAGAGCUCAUGUCAGAAUACAUGUAAGUUCAGGAUAGAUUCCUGGUCCAUCCUCCAGCUAUAGGUUGUUGUUUAGAGCUUUUCUUCUUUGGGGCCCAAAGGACCCCCACAAAUUUCAGCUUCUUUCAGCCAGCCAUGGAAUCUCCAAUCCCAGAGAAUUCAACCUCCAAGAGAGUUCAAAAACUGCCUCCUUCUACACCUACAUGCACAAACUGUUCUUGUUUCUUCUGCAACAUGUCUGAAACAGACCCUUUGGUCAGAAGAGCUAAAAUCGCUCGUUGCCUCAAACAAAUGCCUCUUAGGGAUGACAAAGAACAUGUCUUGGCCUUAAGCAGCCUUUGGAAAAUCGCCAUGACUAAGCCAAAUGACCCAGAAUUUCCAUGCCUGGGCAUAUUCAGAUGCAUGGCGAAACUCAUCCAGAAGGGCCUCAGAAAUAAGGGUUGGCUUCUUAGUUACCAGAACAUAUACAUCCCAUAUUAUGCAGCGCAUAUCAUUGGCUCUUAUACCAUGAACAAAGCUAAGUUUGCUGAAAAAGCAGUUAAGUCCAACGUUGUUGGGCCAUUAAUCGAUCUCCUACGAGGUAAGAUCAGUUGGGUUGAAGAGAGAGUUUCACUUCGAGCGUUGGGUCACUUGGCAAGACAUGAAGCAACCUUUGAAGCUGUAGGAGAACACGAGGAAGAAAUCAUAGAAGUAGCCAUUCACAUAGCUUCCUCGUGCCUGUACGAGGUAUAUGAUCAAUUUGUUGGGUUGCAGGAAUCCCAGAGAUUGGAGUAUCAUCGGAAUUUGUUAACUAGAGGGCUUGGAGGGCUGGAAGUAGAGAACAGAAAGGCAGAAGAAUGGGCCAGUCAACUUCAGUGUUGGUCCUUAUAUCUCCUAGACUGCUUUGCAUGCAAAGAAAGAUCUCUCGGAUUAAUCUGCAAGAAAAAAUUCUUGAAGGAUCUGUGCACAAUGUGGGGUGGGUUGGCGAACCCAAAAUCUCCUUCUGGAAUUGGACUUCUUCGAACUCUGUGUUAUACUAAAAUAGGAAGAGAAAGUAUAGCAGCUGUCGAGGAAGUCGUAGAGAAUCUUUGUAUUGUCUCAAGAUCUUCAGAUGAUCGACAACACUUGGCUAUUGAUAGUCUUCUACAACUCCUCAAAGACCCAAUCACGAGGUAUAAAGUAAUCGAAAUUGUAGCUCCAGUUCUUGCUGAUUUGGUUGAACUCAAAGGAGUUCGAGGGAGAUUAAAACUAGGACAUCAAGCGAUUGUGCAAGUUCUGUUACAAGAUUAUCAUAAAAUCAAGUACUUUGAAAUAAAACUGAAGAGUGAGAAAGCCCAGAAAGCCUUAAAAGGAAUAUGGGAUUUGAAGGUGGACAGAGUGAAGAGAGAGAGUCUAAUGAGCGAGCAAGAAAUCAGAGAGAGAGAGACAUUGGCCUGUGUUCUGAAACAAGAAGGGAAUAAGAAGUUUAGGUCAGGGAAGGUUGAAGAAGCUGUGGUGAAGUAUUCAGAAGCCAUUGAUCUAUGUCCAGUAAAAGCAAGAAAAGAGAGGACAGUGCUUUACAGUAACAGAGCUCAGUGUUAUUUGGUUCUUAGAGAUGCAGAGGCAGCCAUUAGCGAUACCACUCGAGCUCUGAGCCUGUCACACGUGGCAUUUCCUCACAGUAAAAGCUUGUGGAGAAGAUCACAAGCUUAUGACAUGAAAGGCCUCGCUAAGGAAAGCUUGAUGGACUGUUUAGCGUUCAUCAGGAGCCGCUUCAGGUCUCAGAAGACGAAGACGUUCAAAAUCCCAUACUACGCGGCUCGCAUGCUUAACAAGCAGAUGAACGCCACGUGGCUUUUUGCUUCAGCCAAGUCAAGGAGGAGCAUCAAACACGUAGAUGAACUUGACGAGUUCAAGGGCCAGUAUCAGGUUGAUGUAAAAACCAUGAGGAAGAUGACAACCAGGAAGAAAGAAGGUAGGAGAAGAAAGUCAGAUAGGUCGACGACAAGAACAAAUGUUACCCGACAAAGAUUAUGAGUGGAGAAAAGGAGAAAUUAAAAUUGAUAUAUGGAUACGGCAUCUCAACAAAUGUUUGACCCAUGGAGGUACAUUUUUGGACAGGGAAUCUUGUAGUGUCUAGGUUGUUC